UAUAGAUGUGAAUGGAUAGAUAUGUAAAAGAAUCCAAUAGUAAAAUACCAAAGAAAAUAUCAAAAGUAAAGCAAAUUGUUCCCUUUUUUGUCAACUCCUGCAAGGUGGCUGGCUCCUCCCCCCUCAUCAAAUCAUUUCAAAAUUUUCUCAUACAAAACCCCUAAUUUAUCUCCAAAUCCCUAAUUCCCUCAAUCCAAAAUUCACUCACAAAUCAUGCAAUCAAAGCGCCAAUUGAUCGAUUCCCUCACUUCCCACAUCUCCCUCUACAAUUCCCACUUACCAAUUUCACCUUCUUCUUCUUCUUCUUCACAAUCAAACCCUAACCCUAACCCUAGAUCUUCAAUUCUCAAAUGGUUCGCAUCACUCACGCCUCCACAACGCCAAUCCCACCUCACAAUCGUCGAUCAAUCCUUCACACAACUGUUAAUUCAAUUGCAAUUCAAGCUCAAACACAACGGCCAUGGCUUGUUUAUUAUUCUUCCUGAUAUACCCUCAUCAAACCCUAAUAUCCCCAGCUUCUGUUUCCGGAAAUCUCACGGGUUAUUGACCAGAGUUAGUUUGGCUUCGGACCCAGAGAAGCGGAUCCGUGAAAGCUUACAGCUUUUCGAUUCGAAAGAAGGUGAGAAUUUUGGUCAUUUUGGUAAUUUGGGUACAGGCUGUUGUGGCUGUUUGGAUUCUGUUACAGUUAGUUGUGAGUUUGUUGAAAAUGUGGAAGCUUUUGUUGAAAUUAUGGAUGGGGUGUCAAAUGGGGAGUUUUUGAGGGGUGAAGAAGGGGUGUUGAUGGGGUCAGUGGAUUGGGUGGAGUUGAAUUGGUUGAAAGUGAAAGGGUAUUAUUCGGUGGAGGCGUUUGUGGCGAAUCGGUUGGAGUUGGCUUUGAGGCUGGCUUGGUUGCAGGUGAAUGUUGGGAAGAAGAGAGGGGUGAAGUUGAAGGAGAAGUCGGUUUGUGCGGCGGCGGGUGUGGCGGCGAAUGUGUAUUGGAGGAAGAUUGGGUGUGUCGAUUGGUGGAUGAAGUUGGAUGAUCGGUUAAAGAAGAAGUUUUUGAGGAUUGUGUUGGGAAAAGCUGCAAGAUUGUUGACUCAUGACAUUUUAUAUGGACGAAGUAGUGGCGUGGAGGAUGAGUUUCCGACCACUUGUGUGAGAGAGAAACCACUUCCGAGAUACAACCAAGAAACCGUUGAUACCCUUAAAGGAAAAGAUUUCGAAUCGGGGAUGACUCUGUUUAUUCCUCCAUCCGGUAAAUUAUCUUCAAUAGCACAAACGUUCAAUCGUCUAUUAGUUGUUUGUGAGAUUUCAACAAUGUUGCUAGCAUUUGACAAUGGUCGAUUUAGUGAACAAGCACUGUUCUUUAGCUCGUUAGAGGCUGUUGGUACAAUUUCUGAUCGCAUAUUAAGGAGAUUGCGAGGUUUGUUCAUGGUUGUUUCACUUGAUUAUACAAAACUUGAGCUCCUUGAAGAUCUAAACUCAACCAAAUCCGUAAAGAAAUCAAAAUCAAAAUCAAAAUCGAAGUCUGUUUCCGCUAAGAAAGGGAAAUCACGUGAUGUGAAAAAACCGAUUCCUGUUCAGAUUUCUGAUAAGAGUAGUUCCACUUCAGACAAGCCUACAAAGGACGAGGUGCAUAAAUCGGAUAUUCAAGAAAUGGAUUGUAAAACAGAGAAUGCGUCCACAUCGGUAGAAACGGUUGCGCUUUUUGAACAUGGUGAAGGAAUAACUAACAAAACAGUCCAAAGCACCGCAAAGAAGAAUAAGAGAGCAAGAAAGAAACAUAAGAAAGACGGCACAAAUAACCAACUCAAAAAUAUCAUUACCCAAACGGACCCCGUGAAAGUAUCCGGGAAUCCCGGCACCGAGAUUGUUACCAAUGGCGCAAGUGUUGUUGACGACAAUCCAGUAGAAGCUAAUGUAUCACCUGCUGUUAUGCCUACUAUAAAUAAUAAUAAUAUUAUCGAAAGUCAAGAUGUUGACCUGAUUGCGCAUGAGCACGUAAAGGAAAUGGAGACGACGCAGUCUUUAGUUACUGGCAAGGAAAAGAUGGAACAAAAUCCGGUAGUUGUUCAUGAUGGUGGGCCCAUGACCUUUUCAGGAAACCCGCCAAAUGAGCGGCCGAUUGCAGCACCUCAAUUAUCGUUUGUUCACCAGUCAGGCUUUGUACACGCGGUUGGGCUCAGAGAAGAUGAUUUUGCGGUUUCUGGGUUGGACUAUAGUCAAUAUUUUGGUGGUGGUGUGAUGUAUUGGGAUUCGUACGAUCACCCGGUGGCUAGUUUUUCAAGACCACCGUCUUUGAGCUCAGAUGACAGCUCGUGGGCGUGGCAGGAAGCUGACAUGAAUCGAACCGUUGACGAUAUGGUUGCGUUUUCGUCUUCGUAUAGUACGAACGGGCUGACAUCACCAUCCGCCACGUCGUUCUGCUCUCCGUUUGACCCUCUUGGUUAUGUUUUACCCAGUGAGGUAUCUGGGAAAGUGCUUCAUUCAUCUUCCGCAAUGAAGGAUUUAUCCGAAGAAAACGUUUUGGGCUCGUUAGCCAGUUUUCCAGGUGACAUCGAAGCGAAAACCGGUGAUUUGUUUCCGUAUCCGAUUUUACGACCUAUUAUAAUUCCAAACAUUGAUAGAUCACGGGAUUUUAAACGUAGCUAUGAACAUAAAAGCCCGUGUGUUCCUCCUAGCAGACGGGAAGAACCGAGAAUUAAACGACCACCGUCACCUGUUGUCCUUUGUGUUCCUCCGGUUUCCGAUUCAAGAAAACAACGCGGGUUUCCCACCGUUCGAUCGGGUAGCUCGAGCCCGCGACACUGGGGUGUAAAAGGGUGGUUUCACGGAGAGAAAAAGAGUCUUUCGGCCCGUCAAUUAAGUCAAACGUUACCCGGAGCUUUGUUGCAAGACCGCUUAAUUGCUAUCUCACAGUUAACCCGUGAUCAGGAAUCACAUCCCGAUUUGUCAAUCCCGCUUCAGUCACGUGAAUUACUCGAUUGUUCAACACGGAAAUCGUCACUUCCUGUGAUGCACAGUUUACUAAACGAUGAGAUCGACUCGUUUUGUAAACAGGUGGCGGGAGUCAACAUGACUCGAAAACCGUAUAUUAACUGGGCGGUUAAACGUGUUACCCGUUCCCUUCAAGUUUUAUGGCCUCGGUCACGAACAAACAUUUUCGGUUCAAAUGCUACCGGUUUAUCACUUCCAACGAGUGAUGUGGAUCUUGUGGUUUGCCUUCCACCUGUUCGAAACUUAGAACCGAUAAAAGAAGCGGGAAUCUUGGAGGGUAGAAACGGGAUUAAAGAAACGUGUCUACAACACGCUGCUAGAUAUCUGGCUAAUCAAGAAUGGGUUAAAAACGAUUCGUUAAAAAUCGUUGAGAAUACUGCUAUACCCAUUAUCAUGCUCGUUGUCGAAGUUCCGUGUGAUGUUAUCGUUUCCGUAGACCAAGAAAUUUCUACACAUAGUGAUGGUGGAAAACACACAGACGUCCAGUCGAUUCGAAUCGAUAUUAGUUUUAAAUCCUCGUCACACACCGGAUUACAAACUACCGAACUCGUUAAACAGCUGACAGAACAAUUCCCUGCAGCUACACCACUCGCGUUAGUUUUGAAACAGUUUUUAGCCGAUCGAAGUCUCGAUCAAUCUUAUUCUGGUGGGUUGAGUUCUUACUGUUUAAUUUUAUUAAUCACGCGUUUUCUUCAACAUGAGCAUCAUUAUGGAAGGUCGAUUAGUCAGAACUUUGGAGGUUUAUUGAUGGAUUUCUUUUAUUUUUUCGGCAAUGUUUUUGAUCCACGUCAGAUGCGGAUAUCGGUACAGGGAAGUGGGGUGUAUAUAGAUCGGGAACGAGGGUAUAGUAUCGAUCCGAUAUAUAUUGAUGAUCCUUUAUUUCCUGCAAAUAAUGUUGGUAGGAAUUGUUUUCGGAUACAUCAAUGUAUUAAGGCGUUUGCGGAUGCGUAUUCUACUUUGGAAGAUCAACUUGAUAAUUGUGAUCCAAGUAAUGGAUCGUUAUCGGUGAAGUUGCUCCCGUUAAUCAUUCCUAGUAUCGCUCCGUUGUAGAUACAAUCAUCAUCUUACAUGAAUUUGAUGAUAAUUCGUAAGAAAAGUUGACCGGCCAGAAGUUUUGGUCAACGGGGGUAGGCCUGAUGAUAAUUCGUAAGAAAAGUUGACCGGCCGGAAGAUUUUGGUCAACGAGGGUAGGCCAUCGGGCUCUUUGGAAGGAGCUGGUCAAUAGUCACACAGGUCUUCUGAUGAAAAAACGAAGACAACGGAUCAGGCUGGGCCCGUUUACGGGUUUCAUGUUUACACUAUGGUGUGAUUCCUUUGCUCCAAUGUGAUUAUAUACAUAAUUGACAUGUUACAGCUCACAUAAGGCUUUAUAAAAGUAUAGAAGCUUCAAAGCUUAUUGUGGAUUGGAGCUUUUUACCAGGCUUUCAGAGUUUUAGUUAUACAAAAUAUAAAAUGUCACCCAAAUCUCAUUAUUAUGAUAGAGAAUGUGUAUGUUAUUUACAUAAUUUGUAUCAAUUUUUUUAACCAAUUUUGUAUACUUUCUUAUAUCUUACCAGAAUGAAAUCUACCGUCUUUAUAUGUU